GAAAGGAGGCAGAAGGAAGCGGGCCAGCGGCGCGCGCUGGCGCCGAAAUGGGAGAAAGGAGCGAGUGAGAGGGAGGGGCGCGGAGCGAGCGCAGUGGCGCCGAGUUGCCCCUGGGCUGGGGCGCUCGCGGCCGUCGUGCAUGGCAGGCCCAGCGCAGUGAUCCCCGCGGCGCGAGAGAGCGGCGCGCAGCUCGCACGAGUCCCGGGCCGAUGUCCCAGGUGAGUGGCCAACGCCCCCCUCACUGCGACGCGCCCCAUGGAGCCCCCAGCGCAGCCCCCGGCCCAGCUCAGACCCUAUCCCUUCUGCCUGGGCUGGAGGUAGUGACAGGAUCCGCUCAACCUGCGGAGUCAGCGCUAGAGGAGGGCUCCCUGGAGGAGGUGGCACCCUUGAUGCCCCAAAGCAAUGGCCCUGGGGCCUCCCAGGCCCUGGACAGCACUGACCUCGACAUCCCCACAGAAGCUGUGACACGCCAGCCUCAGGGGAACCCCUUGGGCUGCACCCCACUGGUGGCGAAUGGCUCUGGCCACCCCUCGGAGCUGGGCGGCACCAGGCGGACAGGGAACGGUGCCCUGGGUGGCCCCAAGGCCCACCGGAAGUUGCAGACACACCCAUCUCUAGCCAGCCAAGGCAGCAAGAAAAGCAAGGGCAGCACCAAGUCUGCUGCCUCCCAGAUCCCUCUCCAGGCGCAGGAAGACUGCUGCGUCCACUGCAUCCUGUCCUGCCUGUUCUGCGAGUUCCUGACGCUGUGCAACAUCGUCCUGGACUGCGCCACGUGCGGCUCCUGCAGCUCCGAGGACUCGUGCCUCUGCUGCUGCUGCUGCGGCUCCGGCGAGUGCGCCGACUGCGACCUGCCCUGCGACCUGGACUGCGGCAUCCUGGACGCCUGCUGCGAGUCGGCCGACUGCCUGGAGAUCUGCAUGGAGUGCUGUGGGCUUUGCUUCUCCUCCUGACCCGCGGUGUCCCCGGCUGUCACACGAGGCUGGACCGCCCCCUCCCCCGGGCCUCUCCCACCCUCCCCGAGCCCUCUCGGAACCCCAGCCCGGUGAGAGGGCGGUGCUGGUCCUCCUUGCUGGUUUCCCUGGACAACAGCACCUAAGACCUGGGGGGAGGGGGGACCGUUCCUGGCUCAGCUGCCAGGGCUGCAGAACACUGUGAAAGUUGGGGGAGGGGGCCGGGACAUGGGGGAGGCUGGGGUGCUGGGGCUGUGCCUUUUCUACCUCUCACUGCCCCUGUGCCUGCCUCCCCCCUCCCCUGCCCCCAGGCUUAGAGGACAACAAAAUGUGAAAAGAGACGCCCCACCUGACCUCAGCUAAGCCCCUCCCCGGUCUCCCCUCCUGUGGGGCCUGACCCAUACAGUGACCCCAGAGGGCAGGGCUGGGCUUGGGCCCAGG